UUUUGCGGUUCACACGUUGGUUCGGCUCCUAGAUGACUUUGCCGCAUGAAGACGAACGGCUACUUUGGGGUUGACGGCUUCUUUUGACUGUGGAGAUGGCGCUGAUGGGGAUUCAGCUGGUGGUCAGCCUGCUGACUGCCAGCGUCAUGCAAAGGAUGGCUCCACACUGCUCAUUUGCACGCUGGCUCCUCUGCAACGGCAGUUUGUACAGGUUCAAACACCCUUCAGAGGGAGAACUGUGUGCCUUGGCAGGAAAGCAGAUGCCCAAACAAAACAGGAGAGACCGAAGACAGAAUGGAGAGAACAAGCCUCUGACGGUGCCCAAAGACAUUGACCUUCACCUGGAGAAAGCUCCUGUCAACAUGAUGGAUGCACUUGUGCUGCGUUUUUUCUUGGAGUACCAGUGGUUUGUGGAUUUUGCGGUCUAUGCAACAGGUGUCUUCCUGUUCACCGAGUGUUACUACAGCAUGGUGGACGCCAGCAAAGAGAUCAAUAUUGGAGCCAUUUGGUGUGUCCUGAUAGUUCUCUUUGGUCUAAAGACUCUUCACACUUUGAUGAGCCACUACUUUCGAUCUGAGGAGGGAGGUGAGCGUUCGGUGUGCCUCGCCUUCGGCUUUCUAUCUCUGCUGGUGGCCAUGUUGGUUCUGGUGGUCAGGGAGGACUACCUAGAAUUUGGCCUUGAGCCUGGUUUUUCCAGCCUAUUUGAUAAUUUGGAGAUCUUUGCCAAACAGCAGGGCUAUGCUGACUGGUCAAUCCCUGUGACAAAGCUGACAGUGAAGCUCAGCCUGGCUGCCGUCUGUGCAUAUAUUGGAGCCCUCCUGGCCUUCCCUGGACUGCGCUUGGCUCAAACUCAUCUAGAUGCUGUGCAGAUGAACUCAGACCGCCCGCUCAUCCAGAUUUUGCUGCACAUGAGUUUCUUAUCUCCAAUCCUUGUGUUGGUUCUCUGGGUGAAGCCCAUUGCUAGGGACUUCCUGGCCAAAGCACCUAUGGGAAAAACUUCAGUUACACUAGUGUCCAGUGCAGCGUUUGAUGGUAUGCGUUUGUGGAUCGUUGUGGCGCUGUGUGUGCUGCGGCUGGCGCUGACCCGUUACCACCUGCAGGCCUACCUCAACCUGGCUCAGAAGUGGGUGGAGCAGAUGAAGAAGGAGGCGGGAAGAAUUGCUGCCAUUGACAUCCAGAGGAAGGUUACACGUGUGUUUUGUUAUCUGACAGUAGUCACUCUUCAGUAUCUGGUUCCAAUUCUGCUCAUCCUCUUCUCCACUCUGUCACUCAAGGCACUUGGAGGCUUCUCCUGGGGUGUAGCUACUGACGAGAUCCCUGGGAUGACACCAGCACUGGUGAUGCCCACAGCAGCUCCUGUGCCGCUUGAUGGUCUCGAUGAGGAUGAGGAAGGAGUGGAAGACAUGGAGGAGGACAUCCAGGCCACAGUUGCUCAUCUGUUAGAGAUGUUCACAGCACUGCGGUCUGUCCUUACUCCCCUUUUCUUCCGCGGUUUGUUUGCCUUCCUCACCUGGUGGGUGGCUGCCUGUCAAGUGAUUAGCUCUCUGUUUGGGAUUUAUUUCCAUCAGUACUUAAUGCAGAACUGAGGAAAUCUGAACACUAUAAGUCUGUAUUUGCUGUUCAACCUAAUUGAUGUUUACAGACUAUAGAAGACAUUUCAUGAAAUUAC